UUCACAUUCACUCAACUCAAUACUAUUAUGGUAUCCUUUUCUUAAAAAGCUUUCCUUUGGCUUUUACUCAACUCACACUUCACUCUCAGCCUUUACUCAAAUGGAACCUUUCGCUCUAGAUUGCGAUAUGCUCGAUUCUGGGUCUGUUUCGUCGCCGUUAUCGGAUUCUGGAAGUGGUACUUCUCGUCCGGCAAAUUUCUCCGAUGAAGAUGUGAUGUUAGCUUCGAGUUGUCCGAAGAAACGAGCGGGACGGAAGAAAUUCCGCGAGACUCGGCAUCCGGUUUACCGUGGAGUCCGCCGGAAGAACUCGGGGAAGUGGGUUUGUGAAGUGAGGGAGCCUAAUAAGAAGUCGAGGAUUUGGCUGGGUACUUUUCUCACAGCGGAGAUGGCAGCUCGUGCCCACGACGUAGCGGCCAUAGCUCUGAGGGGGAGGUCGGCUUGCCUGAACUUCGCGGACUCAGCUUGGAGGCUUCCGGUUCCGGCUUCUGCUGAUCCCAAGGAUAUCCAGAAGGCGGCGGCAGAGGCGGCGGAGGCAUUUAGACAACCGGCUGAGCAAUGGGAGGGAAACUCUGAAGCUAAUGCAAAGGGAGAUGAAAACAAAGGGAGUUUGUGUGAGAAUGGGUUUUAUUUGGACGAGGAGGCGGUUUUUGGAACACAAAGUUAUCUGGAAAACAUGGCGGCAGGGAUGAUGAUGUCACCCCCUCGUUGUGGGUACAAUGGGGAUGAACUAGAAUACGAUGCUGCCGAUGAUAUCAUACCUCUUUGGAGUUACUGUCAAUAAUACUAGACUUGAUCACCCUAUAGCUAGGGAUUCAAGCAAAGCCAAUAAUACGUGUGGAUAUAGUUUUUUGCAUUUCAUCCAAAUCCAAUAAACACAGGCAGUUGACAGUUAGAAGCUAUGUAGCUAAUGCAGUUUUCUCUAUCGUUUACUCCAUUUUCAGAAAUGUAGAAGGAAAUAAUAGCAUUCUAAGGGAAAUGGAAUUUAUCAGUUCACCAGUAACACCUACAACAUGUCCCCUCACUGGAAUGGUGAAAGUAAUUACGAUGUCUUACGCUAAGUCGACGUUUAUAGAUGAUAUCAGUUUGGCACACAGUCAUUGCACAUCAAGAGGUUUAAAUGUAUUCCGAGUAUAGCUUCAGCAACUGGUCGAGAAGUCACAAUUAAUUGUUUAUAAAGUAAUACAUGUCAAACAAUCGUGAGUAUAUUAUUUGCAAGAAGAAGUGGUAUUGAAUUUUUUUCCCACA